GUCGCUGAAGCCGACGCACGACGCAACCCGUCCGGGCCCACCGCCCCGCCGUGGUCCCCGUCCUGCCUCUCUGCCGCGACCUCCCUCCUUUCCCCAAGAUGUGGUGGCACAACGUCGGGCUGACCCUGCUGGUGUUCGUGGCCACGCUGCUGAUCGUCCUGCUGCUGAUGGUGUGCGGUUGGUAUUUUGUUUGGCAUCUUUUCUUAUCUAAAUUCAAGUUUCUGCGGGAGCUGGUGGGAGACACGGGAUCCCAGGAGGGAGACCAUGAACCCUCCGGAUCAGAAACAGAAGAAGACACUUCAUCCUCUCCACACAGAAUCAGAUCCGCUCGCCAGAGGAGGGUACCUGCUGAGGAAAGUCACUGACCCUGGACGUUGUCCUUUACUCGCAGAUGAUGGAAGGCGACUGGGAGCCUCUGUCUGUAGUCACAUGGUUUGAAAAUUUGCUAAAAGACUGAAGAACAUUUGUGUUUGGAUUUUAAGUCCAAUUUAAGGGAAAAAAAAAAAGAUUUACAUGUAAGCCAUAUAAAAAUAAAGGGAAUUAAAACCAAAUGAAAUGGACCAUUUCAUUUAAAAAUAAUCUUUAACUUUACUAGCUUUGUACUUAUAUAUGUGUUCCUUGGCUUUUUAGGCUUUAUUUCCUUGGACUAAAGCAAAUCUGGUAAACAUUACAGGCUUCACAACUCGGUAUUUUAUUAGUUCUAGAGUGUAUGUUUUUCUUCACAUUUUAACUUGUCUGAAAUCGGGAUGCAUCAUAAAAUUGCUGUCAACCUGGCAAUAGUCGUGAUGUAAUUAUCCUAGCCUGUGCAUGUGUGAACGUGGUUAUAGCUUGUCAUCGUGUCAUCACUGUAACUGACUUGUGUAUUGCUGGUAUCAAGCGUGUAGGUUUAAUUGGCUUUAAACAAUGUCUUUAAAAAGGUUACACUAUGAUUCAGCAUUGAAACGAAAAGUUAUUGUGUAUGCAGAAAAACAUGGAAACAGACCAGCGGGCCGUGCACUUGAUAUUAGCGAAGCAAAUAUCCGUCGUUGGAGGAAUGACCGAAAUUCCAUAUUUUCUUGCAAAGCAACAACAAAGUGUUUUACGGGACCUAAGAAAGGAAGAUACCCACAAGUAGAUGAAGCUGUACAACAUUUUGUCAGUGAGACACGUGCAAAAGGAUUGCCUGUCACACGCCAAGCGAUGCAGUGGAAGGCAGGAGAAAUUGCCAAAACCCUCGGAAUAGGUGAAACCAAAUUCAAAGCAACGAGAGGCUGGUGUGACCGAUUCAUGCGUCGAGCAGGACUGUCAUUAAGGCGUCAGACAUCAUUGUGUCCGGUGCUUCCUGCUGACUGUAAACAGAAGACAGUGGUUGAGCACUCCCUUAAGAAGUGCUGCAUCCCCAGUGCUCUCCGUGGCGCAGAAGGCAGUGUUAUAUGGGAAAAUCCAGACAUCCAUGACUGUGAUUUGAAAAGUGAUUCAGAAGAAAGGGACUCGGAAUACGAAGUUAUAGUUAUAACUUAACCAAUUUAUUUCACACACUUUUGUCUGCACAAGAUCAAAUUUUAUUUGAUCUGUGUAACUCUGAAAGAGUUCUUUCGAUAAAUAUUAAAUAAACAUCCUACCUAAUAGAAAGCAUUGUGUCACAGUUCAAUUGGCAGUGUUUUUCUUAAUGAUAUAUAUGGUGCAUCUUAACAAUUGAUGGUAUCUGAGGUUAGAUUAAAAAUGAUAUUUGUAAAUUUGUCAUUCUAGUAUAGCAAUUAUUUAUUGGGGAGCUUAAUUCUGACUCGUUGCUAAAAGUAGUUAUCCUCUAUGAAGUACUUUUUUUGCGGGGGGAGGGUGGUGGGAGGUAACCUAUUCAAGAUUUGAAGCAGUUAAGUUAGGGAUCUAAGAACUGUCUUCUACUUGAGGAGAGGUGGGUUAGUUCCUCUCUUUGUGUGGGAGGACUUCAUGCUCAAGGCCUGCAUUGUGGAGAAGGUACUUCUUCACAAACAACAGUUCAGUGAUGAGACCUCAGCGGCACUUGGUAAUGAGGAAAGAAUAGGGUGGGUGAGAAUGCUUGCUCACCUGUAAAGCAGCACUUGCCAGGUUUCCGUGUUUGUCGUAACUGAACUCUGGACUGAAUGAAUUAAAGACCUUUCUACUUAUUAGUGUUAACUGCUUUGUAGAAGAACAAAUUGCAAAGCCAACUUAUUUUAUUAACCCAAGUUCUUUUUAUGUUUUUCACCUUUGUUUCUCAAGAACUAGUCAUCAUAAAAUAUUAUUCCUAUUUUAUGAUAGUACAUAAUUAUAUUGGAUACCUCAUACUUCAUGCUGAUGGUUUUGAUUUCUUACGAACAGUUCACUUGAUCUGCCCCAAGUUGUAGUCCCAGUGAACACCUCUUCGCUGUCAUUGUAGCUCUUGGAAUAUGCUAAAAGUGAAUUCAAAGAGCAUAGUUUUAGCUUUAAAUAUUUUGUAGGGGAAGAUCCCCAGCCUCUGAGAGUGGGGACAAUCUUCAUUUCCUUAUUGGAUACAAUUUUUUAUUUUUAUGUGACUAUAGGGAUUUUUUUUUAUAUAUAUAUAUACAGCGACAUGAGUUUCAAGCAUUAAUUUUAAUGCUUUAUACUAGUUUAAUAUCUCAUUAAAACGAUCAUCAGUUAGAAAAAAAUGCCUAGAAAGGUUCUUGGUACUAGGAGGACAUUUAAAUUGGGUCUUUCAUGGUCUGGUGUUUUGAGCUGUGGAUUCUGCCUCGUAGUGGGUGUCUUAUGUUUGGAUAACAAUAGUUGCUGAAAAACACUUCAGCAUGUGAGCUUUCUGUUGUGUCAGCAUUAACGAUGGCUGGCAGCCUCCCAGAUCUGCAAGGGUCUCCCCUAAAGUAUAUUAACCUGUGUAAGGGUAUACAUAUUGACAUUAUUUAUCGACGUUUAUAAGUUCAAAAAUGUCUUAUUUUAUGGAUUUUAAGUGUUCUGCUUAAUUUACUUGAGAAAUAUACCCAAGAACCCAUGUUCACCAUGCUUUAAUUCUCAACUAGGAAGAUAAAAAAUAUCACCGAUGUCAUUAUGAAUAUACUACAAACUCAUUCCUUUGUUUAAAACUUAAAAAAAAUUUUUUCUUUCUGCUCACCACCUUUCUCCCUCCCCCCCAGCACAGACACCAUAUUACCUGUUUCUAAGGCCACUAAGAGGAGCAAGAGAAACUGGUUUACACAGAAUUAUUUAUGAGGUAUAGUGAACUUACCAGAACUAGGGCACAAGUGCAUUUUCAGUCUCUCAGUAGGAGAUGGACUAGCCUGUGGUUAAUACUAAAAUUUAAAAGGUUAUGAGCAUUAAAAACUUAUACAAGUGUUAGAAUCUUAUCUGAGUCCUCACAGAGAACAAUAGUGAUAAAGUAUGUCACUUUUUGAGAAUUAAUUCUGAAAUUGAGGACUCCGGUAAGUGGUUUCAUUUCCUUCCCAACCAACCAUUCCCAAAUCUUUUUCUUCUUUUGCCUCUGAAACUUGUGGAAGUUGCCUGUAUACAGUAAUUAUCUUGGUAGCAUUGCUCUGAUUUAAACGCCAAAAAAAAAAAAAAAAAAAUCCACUAAAUAUAUGUGUGUAGCAUUGUCAAAUAGGUCUCUAAUAGUUACACCAAGCUAAAAAUAGAAUUCAUCUAAUGGAUUUUGUAAUGAUGUUUUCAUAGUGGAGACGUUAACUACAUUGUCACAUGGUGACAGACUUGCUGACCUAUUUCUUUAGAUGCUAUUAGGUUUAAAAACAAUGUCAAGAUGUUUAUUUUGCUGAACAUUUGCAACGUUAAGUAAUGGCUUCACAAAAUGUGGCAUUUUAAACCAAAAUGUGUUGAAAGAUUUGAAAGUCGCACGUUUUUGUUUUUCAGAGUAACAAAUUUUGAAUUAUUUUACGUCAAUGAUGUAAUCUUUUUUAAAGUCAAAUUUUCUUAAAAGCUGUGUUUUAAUGUAACAUGUAACCAGUGUAGCUUUAGCGUUCGACUGGUACACUUCAAGUGCUUUUAUACUUGAAGUUCACUUUGAAAAGCCAAUGAGCAGCACUCAAAGGUUGUACACCUUGAAGCAGCUGAUGGAAGGGCAUUUUGUCAUGAAGUCUAGAACUACAGCAUCUUGUAUUGUCUGCUUUUAAAGUAUCCUAUAGUUUCUAACUUAAAGCAUAUAGUAACAUUUUUCAUUUGUUAAUAUACAAAUGCUGCCUGUUUUGUGAAGAAUGUUUAGCAUUACCCUUCAAGUCAGUUCUAUGCAUAACCCUUCACCAAAUACCGCUGCUGUGGUUUCUUAAAGAAAACACCCUGUGCUAUGCUAUGAUGCGUUGUCAUCUUGCUGCUUGACAAAUAGGCUUAUAGGAAACUAGACUUGUGUGUGUUAAUAGUCUCUGUAUACCAAGAUGUAAGUUAAGAGAUGAGGAAUGUGUGUAAAUGGUCAUUUGCCUCUUCACUGUUUCUGUUUUAAAACUGGUGGAUACUGUAUCUAAAGCUUUUGUGGUUUGUGUGAUGUUUUAACUUUAAACUGCAGAGAAUAAAUUAUAAUGAAAAUAAAA